AUGGGAGAUUAUGAUGAAUGUUUGGAUGUCGUGAAUCCAAAUGAUAAGACUUUUCAAACUCAAUUUUGUUGGGCUCAUCUGAACUUAUCGGUGGAGAAAAUACUGGCAAAGUCCGAAACUUCUGUUAAAACUAUGUCAACCACUUGUGGAGCUGGGAAACCAACUGAUCUCAAAGUGAGCAUUUGUAUGCCUCGCAGUUGCUCAGAAUCUGAAUUGAAAUUGGCUCUGAACCAUUUGAGAAUUCUGCCGAUGACCACAAACCAAUACCUAAACAAUUCAAUGGAUCAGGACAAAUUUGUUUGUGACGUCACCUGUCGUCCAGUGGAUUUUCAGCCGGAUUUUUUGUUUUGGAUAGUUACAGUAGUACUUGGAACUAUUGUACUCAUCUGUCUUUUUGCAACUGUGUUCGAUUAUUAUCAUGAAAUUGAAAGGGAAAAGAUAAAACAACUAAAGAAGACUUCAAAUGAGGAAGAUGAUGGAAGUCUCAAGUUCUUAUUGGCAUUCUCUAGCUCACAAAUGGAAGAUCCCUCUUAA